AUGGGUCAAGAUGUUUAUUUUUACUUGAUUGCUGAUAGAUUGAUUAUGUGGCUGAUAGAGGUUGUAGGAAGAACUGAUUUAUCACUUGACGAUGCGGUCAUUUUGGCUUCGGCCACUACCUCUUCACGCCUCCUCGAUCGCAUUUUAUCUCAUUUGGAUAAUAGAGGGUGCUCUACCACGGUUUAUGGCAAAUAUCCAAGUUUUGACUUUGGUUCGGUUACGGUUGUGGAACGCGUGUCUGCACUGCCAGCAACCUCAAAGGUUGUCAUUGUGCUAGCUGAUGACUUGACGGCUGAAACCCAAUCGUGGUUGUGUAAGCAAAAAAGUGCGCAUGUAAUAUCGCUUGAAUGCGCUCCUGCCGUUGUAGACCACAAGAAGCUACAUAUUCUUAUGUUGGGUGUUUUGACUUCCGGCCUUUAUACCACGAAUGCUCAGCCACAAGUGGGAAAAACCAGUUUUGCCAAGUUGUGUGCUGCCAUGAAAUCCUGCAAGUUUAUAGAUUCUGCUGUGUGUGACGUGGGUGCGCCAUACUCUUGGAUCGCUGAGGAUGGAAAAGCAAACCUCCAGCAAGCUUUUUCGACCACGUUAAUGCGACGCUUAUGUUAA